AUGCUUUGGGAUAUGUGUGCUAUACUGGCCGCCUUCCUAUACUCUCCAGUGAUUCGUCAUCAAUAUGCUGCUCGUCAUCCCGGGUCUGAAGGGUCUACCGUGCGAUUUAAUGACUUUGCUUUUGCGGUCCACGCUAUUAUCCUCAGUAUCUUAACGUACACGCAGUUUUGGCCCACGGUCUGGGGAUUUAAGGUUUCGCGCUUCCAACGAGUUAGUAAGCCGGUCGCAGGGUUGUUCUGGGGCUCUAUCGCGGCCAUUGCUAUUUUAAUCUUUAUCGUCCUUGGUCAAAGCCCCGAUGGGGGCUAUGACCCAUCCACCUGGGGAUGGAUCGACGUGGUAUACGGUCUAUCCUACGUAAAACUACUGGUCACCAUCACCAAGUAUGUACCGCAGGCUUGGGUAAACUAUAAGCGCAAAUCCACCCAAGGUUGGCAUAUUGGUCAAAUCUUGUUGGAUCUAGUUGGCGGUGUCUUGUCCUUGAUCCAAUUGUUUCUCGACUCGAGUUUCGAGGAGGAUUGGAGCGGCAUCACGGGAAACCCUAUAAAGUUCCUGCUGUCGAACGUUUCGAUCCUUUUUGAUUUUCUCUUCAUGAUCCAGCAUUACAUUCUCUAUAGGGGUGCAGAUGAGAAAGUAGCCAAGCAUCAGGACCCAGACGUUACCACCCCUUUGUUGACCGAGUCCAACGGCGCACGGAGGACGGAAGAUGUCUGA